GAAGGCGCAACCACCAAGCACAGAUUCUUCUUCUAUGUAUGUACAGUAUGUAUCCUUUCGGAAAAUAUAGGCAUACCUUAUUGCAAUUUGAAUGUAGUUUUAGUUUCCUAACUAUCAAAUGUAUAUAUUUUUUUGUCUGACAUAACAAGGUCAAGUCAAAAUCCUCCUCUUAAGGCAAAGCAUGUUCUUCAUCAGUUGAAGUUGUUCUUGAUUAAAGCCAAUUCUUAUUCUCACCGGCUUGGAUAGAAAUAUAGUAAAACAAAAUGCACUUUCUCAGCUGCAUCUGUAUUUUUGCUGAUGACAAGAUAGUCUAAACAUCAGAUUCUUGCGUAGGGGUGUAUUGACCAUGCUCAAUGAUAAGCCCACUGUUUGUGUGAAUGUUAUUGUUGAGGAACUCAAGGAUGUCUGGGGCCUGGUACAUGACGUCCCUGGAGCCCUCAAUAAUAGCAGGACAGAGGGUCAAAUACAACUCAAAAAGAGAAGAGGAGGAGAACAGGAAACAUUUCAUUCUCCUGUUGAAGACCACUCAGACAUCAGCAAUGCUCAACUGGGAUGUUUAUCUCUGCUGUUCCAUGUAUGCAUGUGCACUGCUCCGUGUGUCUGCAGCUUCCAUCUCCAACAUAUCCACCAAGUAUCAGCUUCCCAAUGAUGUUCAAGAUCAGCAACAUGGGGAUUCACCGUUUCUUCACUUAAGAGCCAGUCUGCCUUCUUAUUCACAGCCACUUCGCCCAUACACCUUUGUGACCACUGCAGAGGACUUCCCCUACGUUCCCAAACCCAGGCAUUACCGCUCCUCGCGCCUACUUCGUAUCCUCGGAUCCUCUUUUGACCCAUUCUGGAUGUCUAUUGAUCAGCCAUCUGAAGGCUCUGGGGUCUGCACAGGCAAAGGUAACUGUGAUGAUGUGGCAAGAGGUGACUCCCUCCCUGUGAAAGUAAAUGUUGCCGCUUCCAGAGAGGACUUCAACCUCAGUGCUUCUGCAGUGCUGAGUAAGGCUAGAGAAAACCAGAGGCAGGGGUUGGCGAGGGAAGCUGCAGAUGUGGACCUCAGUUCUCUGCCUCCAGAUGUUGCCAGUUCACUAAGAACCUGGCUGGUGCGCUCGGCCACAUGCGGAUUGCGUUCCCAGUGGGUGGAUCUGGGACCGGCGUUCUGGCCACGCUGGCUACGGCAGACUGACUGUGACAAGUCAGAUGGAGUGCGAAGUUGCUCCUUUCCCAGUGGCAUGGUGUGCGUGAGAGCUCAGACAACACACAUUAGGAUUCUGGCUUGGCAUUGUUUGAAAGUGAGAGAUGAUGAGUCCGAGCAGCUCAAGAGUGAAAUAUCUGACAUCAGCAUGUUGCUGGGAAUUAGUGAAGAAAUGAGGAAAUGUCUAUGGAGGCCGGUGCCUUAUCCUGUGGUCACAGCUUGUACAUGUAAAUGUAAAUGAUUGCUUUACUCAGUAGUGCUUAAGGGAUUACUCUUAGGAAUGCAAUGUCUAGGCAUCAAUUGAUUAAAAAAAAAAAUUUCAUCGUGUUUAUUUCAUCAAAAUUCAUUUUAUGCAAAAUUCUUACAUCAAGCAAUUGAUAUUUAUUAUAUGCUUACAAUGCAACAUUGUCCAAUAACAGUGAAGUACAGCCCACCACCGCAUUAUGUUGUUUCUUAGCUUUAUUGAAGCAGUUUAUGGAUUUUAAGAAUCAAAUGAAUAUUGUACCUGUACGUAAUGAUUCACUAACAACACUCCAAAGUGUGUAUUAUUCUUUUUUAAUUUGACAUGAAAUACAUGUCUUAAAAAUGAAAGGUGUUAUUAUUGGUGCCAAUGCCCCCCUCCCCCAUUUGAAUUAAAUGAACCAAUGUUUUACA